CCCUUUUCGCCCUUCUCCCCACCCCCUCCGGGUCGCCACACAUCACCAUGUUCGGCAACUCCAUGAAGGUUCUCUUUGCCCUGCUGGCCUCGUGCCUGCUCUUCGCCGCGCCCAUCCUGGCCGAGUCCAAGUUCCCCACCGGUCGCCGCCACCACUUCAGCGAGGACCGCCUCUGGGGCUUCGAUGGCCACGAGAUCAGCGCCUGGAUUGCCACCUUCAACCUGACCGCCGCUGCCACGCAGGCGGUUGAGACCCUCGUCGGGCCGGGCGGCCUGCCGUCCAUUGCCACCUGGGCUGACAACAUCAAGGGUGACAGCAAGUACAAGUGGGCCUCCGAGUUGCACUACGUCACCACCCUGGACAACCCGCCGACUUCCUGCUCCUUCCAGAUGUCGCGCGAUUGCCCGCGCAAGAACUGCGUCGUCGGCGCCGUCUACAACUACACCGAGCAGCUGACCGAGGACUACAACGGCAGCACCAAGACCCGCCAGGAGGCCCUCAAGUUCCUGACUCACUUCGUCCAGGACCUGCACAACCCCAUGCACGUGUACGGCAAGGACCGCGGUGGCAACGACUUCCCCGUCUACUGGUACAGCACCAAGACCAACAUGCACAGCAUCUGGGACUCGCGCAUUCUCGUGCGCCACAUGGAUGACAUUGGUGGUGAUGCCGAGUCCUACCUGUCCCUGGCCCUGCACCGCAUUGAGACCGAGUGGAGCCAUGAGAUUGCCAACUGGCUGUACUGCCCCCGUCGCGAUGGCUCCGGCGUGCCGCUUCUGGUCCCGACUGCCUGCCCGGAGUUCUGGGCCUCCCAGGCCAACAGCGCCCACUGCGACCUGCCCGACGUCUGGGGCGGUGUCAAGCCCAACGACAAGCUCGGUGACGACUACUACUUCGACAACCGCGACACCGUCAUGCGGGGCAUCGCCAUGGCUGGCCUGCGUCUGGCUGCCAUCCUCAACGAGAUCUUCGUUUAAAGGGGGCCUCUCUCUCUCUCUCUCUCCCCCUCUGCGCCCCUUCCCCCCUCUCGGUCUCUUUCUCGUCCCCCACCUUCAGCUGCCUGCCCACGCGCGCCUGUCCUUGUGAGAUGAUUUCCCAAUACAUAGACUUGUUCCUC